CGCUCCCUGCCCGCGAGCCUCUCCUCCUCGCCACUCUGCGCGAUGCUGUCCAUGAGCGGGGUGUCCGCUAAGCAGGGGGGCUUCAGCCUGCAGGGCGCCCUGCCUGCGGGGAGCGACGCCCUGCGCCGCGCUUGCAUCGCUCACAGCGCCCUGCAGGGCGAGAUCCUGGCGGGCCUGGAGGGCAGCGCGCUCCUCGCAGCCGCCGACUCAGCAGCCACCGCCGGCAAGAGGCAGCAGCAGCACCCGCAUCAUCAUCACCAUCAGCACCAUCAGCAGCAGCAGCAGCAUCAUCAGCAGCACCAUCACCACCUGCUCCCCGCCUUCAAGAGCGACUCCGCCGCAGCCGCCGUCGCGUUCAGCGCCGCCGUGAUGAACACCGCGGUGCCGUGCUCCGCCUCCUCCUCCUCCGCGCACGGCUCCGUGCUGGGCUCGCACCACCACCAUCACCACCACCACGGCCACCAGGCCCUGGACGGAGAGCUCCUGGACCAUCUCCCGCACGGACUCUCCUCUCUCUCGGGCGGCAUCGGAGGUGUCGACUCGGCCGCCGCUGCCGCCGCGGCCGCCGCAGCUGCGGCGGCCGCAGCGGCCGCAGCAGCAGCGCACAUCCCCGGGAUGGGCCACAUGCACCCGGCGGCCAUGGGACUGGGGGCCCCGCACGGGAUGGGCCCCCACCACGGGGGCAUGGGGGGCAUGGCCGACAUCGACACAGACCCGCGGGAGCUGGAGGCGUUCGCGGAGCGCUUCAAGCAGCGGCGCAUCAAGCUGGGCGUCACGCAGGCCGACGUGGGCUCGGCGCUGGGCAACCUCAAGAUUCCCGGCGUGGGCUCGCUCAGCCAGAGCACCAUCUGCCGCUUCGAGUCGCUCACGCUGUCGCACAACAACAUGAUCGCGCUCAAGCCCAUCCUGCAGGCGUGGCUGGAGGAAGCUGAGAAGGCGGCGCGCAGCCGUCAGCUCAAGCCCGAGCUGUUCAGCGGCGGCGGCGGCGGCGAGCGGAGACGCAAGCGCACGGCCAUCGCGGGUCCCGAGCGCCGCUCCCUGGAGGCUUACUUCGCCGUACAGCCGCGGCCAUCGUCCGAGAAGAUCGCGGCCAUCGCCGAGAAGUUGGACCUCAAGAAGAACGUCGUGCGCGUGUGGUUCUGCAACCAGAGACAGAAGCAGAAGCGCAUGAAGUUCGCCGCGUCGCACUGAGUGGGGGGUGGCGGUGGCGGCGGCCCCGAGGGCCUCGCCCACGUUGACAUUUGGUGAUGAUGGCACAAGGCAAACCCAACUCCCUCCACCGCGAUCCCACGACGACUUUCGUCGCACGGCGGGGUUGGAGGGACGGCGUGAGAAGGGCGGCGCUGUGAAGUUGAUGCAGGUGGUGAGCGUGGUUAGGAUGAUGGUGGUGAUGGUGAUUUGCCGAGUUCGUGUUGGUGGUGGUUGCGGUUAAGAGGAUUGUGGAGGUAUUGGUGAGUGAUUCAGUUCAAGGAUAUGAUAUUGAUGGUGGUGGUGUUCAUAGCCGCGGUGGUGGUUCCAUCGUUGAUAUUGCUGGUGAUGCGAUCUGUCAGCCGCUGACGGUGGCUAUGAUGAUUGAGGUUAAGGUAGUGGUUAAGGUGAUGGCGGUUCAGGAAUUGCGGUGAUAAUUGGUGUUUGUGAUUGGCGAUUGGUAAUUGCUAUUGGUUUUGGUUGAAUUUACAGCAAUCGUGAUGACUGCGGUUACGUUGACGGCCACUGGCGGAGCUAGUGGGGGGGGGGGGGUGGCACGUGCCCCCCCAAUGAUCCGAUCGAAAUCCCUCAUUUCGAUCGGAUCAUUGGGGUUUAUUAGUAAUAAAUCGGCAUUUUGCAACCCCCACUGCCAC